AUGACGGCUUGCCAGUACCCCAUGGCGCCUGGGGCUUUGGAGCGGGACCGGCUGUACCAGCACAAGGUCUCUUUGGUGGUGAGAUAUUUCAUGAUCCCAUGCAACAUCUGCCUCAUCCUCUUGGCCACCUCGACGUUGGGAUUUGCCGUGCUACUCUUCCUCAACAACUACAAGCCCAAUAGUUAUUUUACUCAGACGCCGCCGACGCCGCGAGAUGCAUGUCGAGGGAUGCUGUGUGGGUUCGGGGCGGUGUGUGAGAGGAGCUCCACCGACCCCUCCCAGGCUUUCUGUGUCUGCAAGAAGACAGCUUGUCCCGUGGUGGUGGCUCCUGUCUGCGGCUCUGAUUAUUCUACCUACAGCAACGAGUGUGAGCUGGAGAAGGCCCAGUGCAACCAACAGAGACGGAUCAAAGUCAUCAGCAAGGGACCGUGCGGCUCUAAGGACCCCUGUGCAGAGGUGACCUGCAGCUUUGGCAGCACGUGUGUCCGUUCUACCGAUGGCCAGUCAGCCAAAUGUGUCUGCCCAUCGUCUUGCAGCGGCGUGCCCGAGAGCACGGUGUGCGGCAGCGACGGCAAGGACUACCGCAGCGAGUGUGACCUCAACAAGCAUGCCUGUGACAAGCAGGAGAAUGUUUUCAAGAAGUUUGAUGGAGCCUGUGACCCUUGCAAAGGUGUCCUCAACGACAUGAACCGUGUUUGCCGGGUGAACCCCCGCACCCGAAGGGCUGACCUGCUCCCCCGCCCUGAGAACUGUCCCCCAAAGAGGGAGCUUGUGUGCGGUGACGAUGGGGUGACUUAUGACAACGAGUGUGUGAUGGGGCGUUCAGGGGCCAUCCGAGGACUGGAGAUCCAGAAGGUGCGUUCAGGGCAGUGCCAGCAGCAGGACAAAUGUAAGGAUGAGUGCAAGUUCAACGGUGUCUGUCUGAACCGCCGCGGCACCACGCGCUGCUCCUGUGACCGUAUCACCUGCCACGGUGCCUACAGACCUGUCUGUGCCCGGGACAGCCGCACCUACGGCAACGACUGCGAGCGCCGGAAAGCUGAGUGCCAUCAGAAAGCUGCCAUCCCAGUAAAGCACAGUGGACCCUGUGACCUGGGCACACCCAGCCCGUGCUUAAGCAUGGAGUGCACCUUUGGGGCCACCUGUGUGGUGAAGAACCAGGAGGCUGUGUGUGAGUGCCAGCAGGUAUGCCAGGGCCGCUACGACCCCGUCUGCGGCAGCGACAACCGCACCUACGGCAACCCCUGCGAGCUGGACUCCAUGGCCUGUGUCCUCAAGAGGGAGAUCAAAGUGAAACACAAGGGACCCUGUGACCGUUGUGGCAAGUGCCAGUUUGGUGCCAUCUGCGAGGCGGAGACGGGAAGGUGCGUGUGCCCCACGGAGUGUGUUCCCUCCUCGCAGCCCGUGUGUGGCACAGAUGGCAACACGUAUGGCAGCGAGUGUGAGCUCCACGUCCGGGCGUGCACGCAGCAGACGAACAUUUUGGUGGCUGCCCAAGGAGACUGCAAGUCCUGCGGCAGCACGGUGUGCUCCUUCGGCAGCAAGUGCGUGGGUGGGCAGUGCGUGUGCCCGCGCUGCGAGAGGCAGCCCUUCGCCCAGGUGUGCGGGAGCGAUGGCCUCACCUACGACAACCAGUGUGAAAUGCAGGUGGCCUCCUGCCAGCAGAAGAAGAGCAUUGAGGUGGCCAAGAUGGGGCCGUGUGAGGACGCUGAGUGUGGCUCGGGGGGCUCGGGCUCUGGCGACGGUAGUGAGUGUGAACAGGACCGGUGCCGGCAGUACGGGGGCUGGUGGGACGAGGACGCAGAGGACGAUCGCUGUGUGUGUGACUUCACCUGCCUGGCAGUGCCACGCAGCCCGGUGUGUGGCUCUGAUGGUGUGACCUACACCAAUGAGUGUGAGCUGAAGAAGACACGGUGUGAAAAACGCCAGGAUCUCUAUAUCAGUAGCCAAGGAGCCUGUCGUGCCCUUGCCACAACCCCACCACCUCUCCUGGUUGUGCACUGCAGCCAGACCAUCUAUGGAUGCUGCCCAGACAACAUGACCUUGGCGCUUGGAGUGGGUGCAGCUGGAUGCCCAA